AUGCGAGAAGGGGGCGGAUCGGUGCCUCCUGGAAGAGGAGGAGCGGCGGCGGCGGCAGUGGAGGGAAGGUCAUACCGCUUUAUAGAAAGAGGGGAGGAGAAAAGGAACCGCUCCAAUUGCCCGCUGUGUCUACUGAACCGGGCGGGGGGUAACGCUCUUGAUCAACCCGUUCCGCCUUUGGCGCUUUUUCUGGAUUUGCUCUGCCACGCGCGGGCGCGCUUUCUUCUAAUUCUUCAAAGCGUUGGAGCAGAGAGCGCCGCGGGGGGCGGGGGAGUGAGGCGUGGAGGUGAGAAAGGGAGCCGGGCGCGCGAUUGGACACUCCGCGUUCUAAAGAGGCUGCUCGUUACUCAGCGUUCCGAAAGGCUCGGCCGAGCGUUCCAAUCCGCGUCCGGCGCUUCUCCUCCUCCUCCUCCUCGCGCUCCGAAAGCUGCAACUGAACGUUCUAAGAACGCUCCCCCUCGACGCGUUCUAAGAGGAGGCGCCGUUCUUUCUUUGCUGAGCGCGCGGUGGAAACAGCCUUUUAUUUUUUCUCUCUCCUCCUUCUCCUUUCGCGACCGCCCCCUCGCACGAGGAAUCCGAGCAGCGGUCGUUGCAAUUCCGUUUACUCCCCCCCCCCGCUCCCUUUUCAGUUCCCCUUCCCUCCUCCUCCCUGAGCCAUUUCUCCCGCAGAGCCCAGCGGCCAUGGAGGGAGUCGGCGCGCUGCUGGCCGGCUGCCCCACCGCCGGCCUGGCCGGGGGCCUGGGGGUGACUGUGUGCGCCGCUGCCGGCGGAGUCCUGCUGUACAAAAUCGCCCGGAGGUAAGCUGUGCUUUAUUUUAAAUGCCUACAUGUCCCAUGGAAUUGCGAUCGAGGCAGUAAUACAAAAGAUAAUAUAAUAUAAAAGAUCCGCCGCGCGGAUUAAGCUGCCUCCAGGAGGCGAGCAUGCUUUGGGAGGCCCAGCCAGGCAAGCUGGGCGGGGUUGCCGCCUUAAGCCUUCGGAAGGGGAGCGACCAUGCUUGAGACUCGCCUCCCUUCGAUUUGAACUGCCGGGAUCUUCCUGCGGGAGGACGAGUCUUUCCUCCCGCCUCUUUGCUUCUCUUGUUUCUUUUUGGGAGAGAGGAAUGUUUUUUUAAAUGUCCGGGUUUUUUUCGGAGAGGGGGAGGUGAAGUCCCGCCCCCUUCCGGAGUCAGGAACCGCUUGUAGAGAAGCGUGCCAUCCGAACGCGUUUCAAUGAAUACCGAGUUAGCAUUAUUAAAAAAUGACCACAAAAGUUUUACAGUGAUGAAAGGCGAAAGCUGUCUUUUAAUUGAGGCGGAACUGACAACCUACCUGUCUCAGUGUUGUCAGCACGGACUGGCAGGUGUUUCUCCACGCCCUACCUGGAGAAUCCGUUGGGGAUUAAACGUGGGAUUUUCUGCGUGCAAGGCAGAUACGCUUAACACUCCGCUCAAGGCCCUCCCCGCAAAACAGAGCAAGAUUCUAGUCUUCGUGGUGCUGCAUAAAAGCUGCCUUGAGUCAGACCCUUUGUCCGUCUCGCUCAGUAUUCUUGCACUGAGAUUCCGAGCAGCUUUCUAGGGUUUCAGCCCUUCCUAGCCAUACUGAUUGUAUAUUGAAAUUUACACACACACCCCGUGUUGCUCAGUGGAUUUGAACCCGAGUUGUGAGCGGAGAAGCAUAUAAGGGGUGGUUUUGUUACUGAGGUUGUGAUUCAGGGAAUCCUGCCCAAAUAAUAUAAUAAUAAUAAUUUAUUAUUUAUACCCCGCCCAUCUGGCUGGGCCUCCCCAGCCACUCUGGGCGGCUUCCAUAGAAACCAAAAAUACACUAAAAUAUCACACGUUAAAAACUUCCCUGAACAGGGCUGCCUUAAGUUGUCUUCUGAAUGUCAGGUAGUUGUUUAUCGCUUUGACAUCUGGUGGGAGGGCGUUCCACAGGGUGGGCGCCACUACCGAGAAGGCCCUCUGCCUGGUUCCCUGUAGCUUUGCUUCUCGCAAUGAGGGAACCGCCAGAAGGCCCUCUGCGCUGGACCUCAGCGUCCGGGCAGAACGGUGGGGGUGGAGACGCUCCUUCAGGUAUACUGGACCGAGGCCGUUUAGGGCUUUAAAGGUCAGCAUCAACGCUUUGAAUUGUGCUCGGAAACGUACUGGGAGCCAAUGUAGGUCUUUCAAGACCAGUGUUAUAUGGUCUCGGCGGCCGCCCCCAGUCACCAGUCUAGCUGCCGCAUUCUGGAUUAGUUGUAGUUUCCGAGUCACCUUCAAAGGUAGCUCCACGUAGAGCGCAUUGCAGUAGUCCAAGCGGGAGAUAACCAGAGCAUGCACCACUCUGGCGAGACAGUCCGCAGGCAGAUAGGGUCUCAGCCUAUGUACCAGAUGGAGUUGGUAAACAGCUGCCCUGGACACAGAUUUGACCUGUGCCUCCAUGGACAGCUGUGAGUCCAAAAUGACUCCCAGGCUGCGCACCUGGUCCUUCAGGGGCACAGUUACCCCAUUCAGGACCAGGGAAUCCUCGACACCUGCCCGCCUCCUGUCCCCCAAAAACAGUACUUCUGUCUUGUCAGGAUUCAACCUCAAUCUGUUAGCCGCCAUCCAUCCUCCAACCGCCUCCAGACACUCACACAGGACCUUCACGGCCUUCACUGGUUCUGAUUUAAAAGAGAGGUAGAGCUGGGUAUCAUCCGCAUACUGAUGAACGCCCAGCCCAAACCUCCUGAUGAUCUCUCCCAGCGGCUGCAUGUAAAUGUUGAAAAGCAUGGGGGAGAGGACAGAACCCUGAGGCACCCCAAGUGAGAGCCCAGGGGUCUGAACACUCAUCCUCCACCACCACUUUCUGAACACGGCCCAGGAGGAAGGAGUGGAACCACUGUAUGACAGUGCCCCCAGCUCCUAGCCCCUCAAGAUGGUCCAGAAGGAUGUUAUGGUCGAUGGUAUCAAACGCUGCUGAGAGAUCCAGCAGAACUAGGAAACAGCUCUCACCUUUGUCCCUAGCCUGCCGGAGAUCAUCAACUAGUGCGACCAAGGCAGUUUCAGUCCCAUGAUGAGGCCUGAAUCCCGACUGGAAGGGAUCCAAAUGGUCCGCUUCUUCCAGGCGUGCCUGGAGUUCUUCAGCAACCACUCAAUCAGCUUGCCCAAGAAUGGAAGAUUUGAGACUGGGCGAUAGUUGGCCAUCGUGGCCGCAUCUAAAGAUGGUUUUUAAGAAGCGGUUUAAUAACCGCCUCUUUCAGCGGGUCUGGGAAGGCUCCCUCACAGAGGGAAGCAUUCACCACCCCACGAAGCCCAUCACUCAGUCCUUCCCGGCUAGCUUUUAUAAGCCAGGAUGGGCAAGGAUCCAGGAGACAGGUGGUUGGUUUCACUCGUCCAAGCAGCCUGUCCACAUCCUCGGAGGUAACAGAUUGGAAUUGAUCCCACUCAACUUGACUAGACAAAACUCUAGCACUCUCCCGCCCCGGCCCUGCUCCCACGGUGGAGUCUACUUCUUCCCGAAUCUGAGCGAUUUUAUCUGCAAAAGACUUUGCAAAAUCAUUGCAGGAGAACAUGUGGCCCGUACUGGGACCCGAUGUUGCAGGUGGUUCUGCUAAAUUGUGAACCACCUGAAAAAGUCUCCUGCUACUGUUUUCUGCAGAUGCAAUAGAGGCGGUGAAGAAAUUCUUCUUCGCCGUUGCUAUCGCCACUUGGUAGGCUCGACGUUGAGCUCUAACCUGUGUCCGGUCAGAUUCGGAAUGAGUUAUCCGCCACCGGCGCUCUAGCCGCCUCAACGAUUGUUUCAUUGCCCUCAGAUCCGUGGAAAACCACGGGGCUGUCCGGGCUCCAUGCAAUCGGAGAGGGCGCUCGAGCCAAACAGUCAAUAGCCCUGGUUAACUCCACAUUCCAGCGGGCCACCAGGGAAUCGGCUGAAAGGCCAUCAACAUGGGAUAAAGCAUCCCCUACCACUCUCUGGAAACCAUUUGGAUCCAUUAAGUGGCGGGGGCGGACCAUCCGAAUUGGUCCCACCUCCCUGCAGAGGGGAUGGGUCGCAGAGAAGUCCAGUUGCACCAGGAAGUGAUCUGACCAUGGCACUUCUUUCGUUUCGCUUUUACUUAGUGUCAGAUCACCAACAUCCAUAGAGGUAAACACCAGGUCCAAGGCAUGUCCGCGGCUAUGGGUUGGGCCAGACUUAUUCAAGGACAGCCCCAUGGAGGCCAUGCUUUCCACGAAGUCCCGAGCGGCCCCUUGUAAGGUCGUGUCGGCAUGGAUGUUAAAAUCCUCUAGGACGACCAAACUAGGUGUCUCCAGGAGAACAUCCGCCACUACCUGAAGCAGCUCGGGCAGGGAAUCCUUGGUGCAGCGGGGAGGUCGGUACACCAAAAGGAAUCCUGUACUGCCCGUAUUGCCCAACUUCCAGAACAUGCACUCGGAAAACUGGGUCUUCCCAAUAGGACGCCUGGUGCAAACUAAUAACUUCCUAAAAAUAACUGCAACCCCCCCUCCCCGCCCACAUGACCUGGGUUGCUGUGCGUAAGAGAAACCUGGUGGACAAGCAGCGGCAAGGACAGGCCCAUCUGCUUCAUCCAACCAAGUCUCUGUUACACAUGCCAGGUCAAGUCCUCCAUCCAUGAUCAAGUCAUGGAUGGCAGUGGUUUUAUGAAUCAUUGACCUGGCAUUGUACAGCAGCACCUUCAGGUCAUGUGGGUAUCCCUUGCUGAUUCUAGUAUCCAUCCGGUCAGGACCAGACCCGGAGGCAGGAAUAGUCCUCAGACAACGACUAAACCUGCCUCCUCUGUAAUGACAUGGUCUAUCUUAGCGUAACUCCUCCUACCCGUGAUCACUGAGAUCGGUUGUCCCAAUGCAUCCCCCCCCCCCCCCCCCCCGUGGAACAUGCCCCAGCCAUUUUAUGGGCUGGGGCCGACUCCCUGGCAGCCCUGACCCCUCCCCUUAAGAACAAAAUAACACCUUAAACAAACAAACAAACAAAACCAAUAAAACAAUACAAACAAAAAACUGUAAAAAUUACAAAAAUUCCCCAAGCCCAACCAAACAUCCAUCCCACCCCCACCCCCCCACAUACAAAAAAUUCAAAAGAAAUUUUAAAAAACAUAUUGGUGGUUGUGCACAAGAAGUGACCUUACAGUAUCCCUGUUCUCUCAGCUUUGUUCCAUAUCCAGUGCAGUGUUAGAAACUCUCAUAUAUAAGCUUGGCUGUGCAUCUUGAAAGCCUGCUUAAAAAUUGGGUCUAAACCAGCCUUCUGUGGUCCUUGAGAUGCUUGGGACUGCAACUCGCAUCAUCCCAGCCUGUUGGCGAUGCUGGCUGAGGCUGGAGGCAGUCUUGGAAACUCAGAUAUAUAAGCUAAUCGCCAAAUAGCACCUUAAACUUGGGUUGUGGUCACCACAAUGUAAUGUCUGGGCACCUUUUCCCAGUGAAUUGUUAUUUAUUAAUUUCAUUUCUACGCCACUUUAUAUCUUAAAAAAAUCUCAAGGUGGUUUACAACACAUUAAAACAUCAAAUCAAACAAUCCAGACUAAAACAAAUUCAAGCUUUAAGGAAAAUAUUUCAGAGCCUUCUCUAGGUGACGCUUUCCGCAUAUUUACUUACCUAUGUAAUUUAUAGAGCUGUCACACAGCAGCAGGACUCUAGGAAGCCAGUGUGGUGUAGUGGUUAGAGUGUCAGACUAGGACCUGGGAGAUCAGGUUCAAAUCCUCCUCAGUCAUGAAGCUGGCUGGGUGACCUUGGGCCAGUCAUAGCGUCUUAACCUACCUCACAGGGCUGAUUUCUAACACUGGAGGGGGUCGGGUUGGCGAAAGCCCGGCCCAACCGUUGGAUGCUUUGGGUAACAUUUUGCUUCUGUGGGUCACUGUGGACAUAAGAAACUGCCCAGGUGGACACAAGCUUGCUGAUCCCAUAAGGACUGUGAUUCUCAAACUGUGUGCCUUGAGAAAGAAGUUGAUGAGUAAUAUGCCCUUGAAAGUUUUCUGAAGAACUUCACGUUAUGGGGUGACAUACAAAUGUUGUAAAUAAAUAAAACAGUCUUGAGAGCGGCCUGCUUUGAACUCCAGUGAAAGCUGACUUGGUAAUUCUGCUGUUUCUGAACUGGAUAGGCUUCAGUCAGUCAGUCAGCCACUCCCAGUUGCAGAGCCAUGGCAAAGUGUCCUUGCUCUCAAGGGUUGUGCUUCUGUAUGAGUUGCUGUUCCGGGCUUGCCUCCUUCCAGUCCUAGAAUCCCAAGGUGAGCAAUGUAUACAGAUGCAUGGGGUGGUAGGAGGAAAGUAGAACACUUUCUCACACACACACAUCCGUAAGUAAUAUGUGAUGUAAGAUUGAAAUGUGCUUUCCAGUUAUAAUAGUUCCUUUGCUGCCAGAGGUUUAGGAAGAGUAAGACAUUCUCAAUGGAACCAAGUCAGGUUUUGUUUUUUAUAGAUUGUAGAGUUGGAAGGUAUACUCCAAGGAUCAUCUAGGUCAGCCCCUUGCAAUGCAGAAAUCGCAGCUAAAGAAUCCAUCCAACACCUGUUUAAAAGCCUCCAUUGAAGGAGAGUCCACCACCUUCCAAGGGAGUCUCUUCCACUGGUUUGCAUUCUCUCUGUGUAAAGGUAAAGGGACCCCUGACCAUUAGGUCCAGUCGUGGCGGACUCUGGGGUUGUGGUGCUCAUCUCGCUUUAUUGGCCAAGGGAGCCGGCAUACAGCUUCCGGGUCAUGUGGCCAGCAUGACUAAGCCGCUUCUGGUGAACCAGAGCAGCGCACGGAAACGCCGUUUACCCUCCCGCCGGAGCGGUAACUAUUUAUCUACUUGCACUUUGACGUGCUUUUCAACUGCUAGGUUGACAGCAGCAGGGACCGAGCAACAGGAGCUCACCCCAUCGCAGGGAUUCGAACCACCAACCUUCUGAUCGGCAAGUCCUAGGCUCUCCUCCUGUCUACUCAAAAGGAGGUCUGUUAGUCACGAUGGCUGGGCUGUGCCUCCACAGUCAGGUAGCAAUGUUUUUGAAUGCCAGUUGCUGGAAACUGGAGGGGAGAGGGAUCUUGUGCUAGGGUCCUGCUUUUGCUGGUUUCUCACAGGCAUCUGGUUGGUCGCUGUGAGAACAUGAUGCUAGACUAGCCACCAACCUGGGCUGAGUGGAAAUUUCAAAAAAUUCUAGCAAAGCAGAGCUUAUUUUGUUUUCAGUCUGAAGCAGAUGCUGCAGGUGAGCGUUAACAUUCCUGUUGUUUGACUAGGGAGAAUGAUUAGAGGAGGCAGGCAAAAUGAGUGAAUAGGUUUUUUUCAUCAAUUGCAGGCAAAGGAUCAGCUUUGAGAAUGUCUCUCUGGUGGAAUGUGAGGAAUGCAUUUUGUUUGGGGAGGAGGUCUUGUACAGCCGCUUUUCUCCAUUUUCCUCCAGGGGUCAUGAUGACCGGACACGGCCUGAGCAGAACUUGGGAAGAACAUUUUAAAAUGUCCACUGCCCUUUUUUGCAAGUUAAUAACUGCUGUCUUGCACUGCAACGGCGGCCCCCAAAGUUUUAAUCCUUAAAAUGCACCUCACCCCCGAUUAAAAAAAAAACCACUUCUGGAAUCAUGUUACUCUUGCCUCUUAAAUCUGGAAAAAUAGGUUUCCGUGUAUUUCUCCAUGAAUCUUUAUUUUGGACACGCAGAGGUGCAGUGGAUACUCUCCUCUUGAGUGUAGCUGAUUCUGGCAAGAAAAGGUUACCCUCCCAACAGCCUUUUCAGGUAGGCUAAGUGACAGCCUGAUUUGUCCAAGGACCCCCAUUGAGCUUCAUGGCUCUGCAGUGUUAUUUCCCUUAUCCAGGAUACAUCUGACCUUGUUAUUCAUCAUCUACACCGCCUACAAGUUUUCGUUGAACUUCUGUGUUCUGGCCCUUAAAUUUUGGCUCCCUGCUUGAGCUUUGUGGCCCAGGAAUCAGGCCCAACCUUCGUAGUUUUGAGUAACUUUGGAAUGCCGUUUGUGGGGCAAGCAGCUUUCCCCAGAUAAGAGUUUAAUGUGUCUUUUAUCAGUGCCUUUGCCUUUCUGCAGAGUGUCCUUGAAUUGUGAUAAAACUCAUUGCUUUUCUGGUUAUAAAAAUGGGUGUGUGUAGCUCUUUGGCUUUUGCAAGACUGGAAUAUAAGCUUACUUUGCAAAGGGAAGAGUUGCAUCCCUUAACUGCUCACCUCUGCCUCUGGCAUGUGGCCCCCAGAAGGUUACUAACAGGGGAAUGUGGCCCUCAGGAUGGAAAAAAGUUUCCCCUUCCUUGUUCUAAGAUAUGUGGUUCGCUAGGGUUUCAUUGCACGUGGGGAGGGGGUGCUGACUUCAGCUUCAAAGAAAAAAUAAUGUGAGGCGUCAGUCUAUCAAUGGCUAUUGCUUAUGUUGAUGAAACAGAACCUCCAUAUACAAAGGCAGCAUACCUCAGAACCCCAUGUGCUGGUAACAGAUGGAGGAGUGUAGUAAACGCUAUGCAAUGCUCCUGAAUUUCUUGCCCUCUCCUGGACACAAUGCUUUAGCAGACAGAUUUGCAGGGCCUGUGAUUUGCCUGAUAAUCUCCAUCUUGUUCAGACCAGCCACCCCCUUCUGCGUUUCCUUGAUCUAAAACAGCAUUGUUUUCGUUCUUAAUGCGUCUGUGUCCCCAGACAGAGUAGGAUCACAGAAAUAGUGCUACGAGAUUAUCGCUUCUUCGUCUGAGAAAGGCACAAGCUGAGGAAAUCUCCACGCUGCUCCCAGUUUGUCUGAAACGAAAGGAUUGCCAUACACCCUUCAUUUGAGGAAGCAGAAGGCACAAGAGAGCUGAGUAGGGGCAUCUGGAGCCAGAAUGGCUGAUAAGGCUUGACCUCGGUGGAAACUCUUGGGCCUGUUUGUUGCUCUCUGCUGUUUGUGAGGAAGAAAAGCCAUCUCUCGGACAGCUUUCAUGUAGAAUCCAGUAAGAUUGGCUACCGCUGUCCUGGAUUUUGCUGUUACGGUGCCUUCUAGAUGUUGUCAGACUCCUUUGCAUCAGCCCUGAGCAGUGUUAGAAACUCAGAUAUAUAAGCUAGGCACCAAAUGGCUUCUUAAACCAGGGUUACAGUCAACCAAAAUGGAAUGCCUAGUUGCCCUUUUUGGGCCAGGGCUUGAAAGUCAUUUUUUCCCCAUGCGACUUUGGGGUUCCUGAAAUUCAUUCUGAUUGUGCAGAUAAAAUAUAAUGGAUAGAAUUCCACAGGAUGUGUCUGAAAAUGGUCACGCUACAAGGAUCCCCAGGCAUGCACCUCCAGGUGGGGGAGACAUCAGGUGCCACCCGGGCACCCGGUAGCCAGGUGCAAAGUGUGCUGGGUGAAUUUAGAUUGCCGGCCAUGACCAUUUUCCAUGCUGGCUGGAGCUGAUGAGUGUUGGAGUCCAGCAGUGUACAGUGGUACCUCGGGUUAAGAACUUAAUUCGUUCUGGAGGUCUGUUCUUAACCUGAGGUACCACUUUAGCUAAUGGGGCCUCCCGCUGCCGCCGCACAAUUUCUGUUCUCAUCCUGAAGCAAAGUUCUUAACCCGAGGUACUAUUUCUGGGUUAGCAGAGUCUGUAACCUGAAGCGUCUGUAACUCGAGGUACCAUGAAUAUAUAAUAUUCAUUAAGUGCCCUAAGGUCCCAAUUUAAACACAGUGUUAAAAACAGUUAAAAACAACUUGCGAUUGCAAAAAUAAGGUGGGUCCUAAAAGUGGACAUCACGAGUGUGAAAAGCUCAGGGUUAAGAGGUGUGAAUAUAUACACAUACACUGUUAGCCCUUCUUAAAAUAAGUUUUAAAAAUAGUUCAGGUAAAUUAAGUUGAUUAUUGUUACUGAUGCUAAAAGGUGCCCCCUUCCGAUAGUUUGGUUGCCAGAUUUUAAAGAAAAGUUAAGAGAGAGUGUGUGCGACACACACACACACACACACACACACACACGUGUUCUCUCCUCUGAGUCUCAGGGAGAGGAGGAAGAAUACCUCUUCUAAAACAAUGCCAGCUGUGGCAAAAAGGGAUCCGUUAUUUGUGACUCCUGCAUUGCUGGAAGUUGGACUAGAUGACACUUGGGAUCCCUCCCAACUCUACAAUUCUGUGUGCCCUAAUGAAAAUAGUUUGUUAAUUCAUUCCAAGAAAGAAGGGUCUGUGAUGCCCAAGCCUGCUGGUUGAGGACAUGAGCCCAGGCAGGAGGUAUGCUUGGCUUGCAUUGCAGCAGAUGGAUGUCCCAAGCGUUCCUUUAGCCCCUGUUUGCAUCAGCUGGGCCUUUGUGCUCUGUGGUGCUUCCGACAGCUGUAGUUCAAAGGAGCCCUUGUGCUGAAGUCAUGUGGAAACAGAUGGUGGAGAGGUGUGUUGGGUAAGGGGAGUGGAAUUCCCAUCUCGGGCAGCUGUGCUUGGCGGAAUUUGGAGUCUUGUUUUGCCUGGAGCAAUACCUGGCACCAUAUUAUUGCUACUACUGUUGUUGUUGUAUUUAUUUAUAUCCCGCUUUCCACCCAGAUCGGGACUCAAGGCGACUGACACAGAAUAAAACAACAUGGAGAUGAUGAUGAUGAUGAUGAUAAUAAUAAUAAUAAUAAUAAUAAUAAUAAAUUCUGCACCGCCCUUCAUCUGAGGAUCACAGGGUGCUUUACAAUGUAAAAACACAAAAAUAUAUAACGUUGUAACAAACAAUACCAUCCCAUCCUGCACACACAGUUUAAAAGGCCAUAGACUGUUUAAUUAGCCAAAGGCCUAGGAGAAAAGGAAUGCUUUUGCCUGGCGGCUAAAGAAACGUAGCAAAGAUGCCUUGGGGAAUACCUUGGCCGCUGACACACUUUGGGUGGGAGCAACUAGAUGGCAGCUUUUUAGAAAAUGUAUUAUACUUUAAACACAAGAUUAUGAACUGACCUGGACCCUGCAAUCAUAAUUUGAGGCUUCUCUUCAUGAGAGGCCAAAACAGAAAGCUAGAAGCAUAUAAAAGAUAAAAGUAAUUGAUCUCUAAUAAAAUUUUAAAAAUAUAUAAAGAAAACAAAUCUAUUAAAAUACAAUUAAAACAGCACAGCACUAUUAAAAGCCCUUUCCUUAAAAACCAGUCAAUUCCCAAAGGCCUUUCGGAAUGAGACAGUCUUCACCUGCCAGUCGAAGGACAACAAGGAGGGAGCCAGUCAAGCUUCUCUAGGAAGGGAGUUCCAGAGUCUGGGGGCAGCCACCGAGAAGGCCCUUUUUCACAUCAACACCAAGUCUGCACAUAAGGGUGGUGGCACUGAAGAUCACACAGCCAAGGCAGGUUCAUAUGGGAGAAUAUGGCCGUCCUGAUAGACUGGGCCUAAACUGUGUUGGGCUUUAUAAGUCAUUAGCAGCACUUUGCAUUUAUAGAGAGGAAAGCUGUGCUCAUGGAAUAACUAACUGGCAUUUGGGUCACCCAUAAUUUUUAUUUUUAUUUUGCACAGCUUGUCUCUGCAUAUGCACAGACCCAAAUACAAAACACAUGCCCCCUACUUAAAUGGAGGGGGGGGGAGGAGGUAGCUUUCAUUCCAGGUCAGGUCUUUGAUGGUUAGUUGGUCGUCAGUGGUAGAGUAUCUCCUUUGCAUGCAAAAAGUCCCCAGGUUCAUACCUUGGCAUCUUCAGGUAGGCGUGGUGAAAUCCUUGGGAGUUGCUGCCAGUCAGUGCAGACAGUACAGAGCUUGUCUGACUCAAUGUAAUACAAUUUCUUGUGCUCCUGUCUGAGAUGGCUUGUUCACAUGAACAAGUCACCCACUUCUGUAGCUGCUGUGAAAUAAAAGACCUUUAUCAUUAUUAUAUACACACACAAGCUAGGCUUCUAAGCGCACUUUUCAAGCACCAACGCACCAUGGCCCGAAGUUUAAUAAAAGAAAUCCCAUUAAAACAUGAAAAUAUAAAUGCACCUAAUUAAAAUGAACACUAAAACAGUCCCAUCGAAAAUAUAAACACUCACAGUUAAGAUAUGCAAUUUAAAAAAUCCAUUAUAUAUAUAACAAUCCAAGGUAAAAUUAUGCAAUAUAAAAGUCAUUUUGAAACAACACAGCAAUUAAAACAGGUUGAGUGAGCAAGGGAAUGUCUGUGUGAACAAGUCUGUCUUCAAAAGCCUGUUCUUAGACUUUUGCUUAUCUUUUUUUUAAAAAACAAAGCAAAUGACUCUCCCUCUGUCCAAAAGGGUUAAGCCCCAACAGCUGCUCAUUUUGAUGGCAAGUGUUUCAUUCCAGUGCAUAGACAGGCAAUCCUUUUCUAUUGAAGUUCUGCUUUUCACUUGUGGCUCUGCUCGUUUACUGUUUACAGCUGCCCCAUUAAGCUCUCUGGCUUUGGGCAGCAAAUUCUUCCCUUCCCAGAAAAAUAUGAUGGGGAAAUCCCAGCCAUGGGCCCCAGUCCUCCCUGGAUUGGACAUCUACGGCUUUUCCAUUUUCUGGGUCUCCAUCUUAUUUUUCCGUUUUGGCGGGAAAGGGGAAAAUUUGGUCUGUUGCCUGGUAAAGAGAGGUGGGAGGAUCUUGUGGUUGCAGUACUGUCCCGAAUUGCUUCCAGGUCAACCUGCAAGCGUUUCUGGGGGUAUGCCAAGCAACUGCAAGGUGCUUGCUUCGGUAACCCUAGAAGUUGAGGUCUUCUAACUGCUUGCUGAUGCUCAAAGGGAUGCCCUGUGUUUGCUGUGUACCACGGUGGAGGUUGAAGCAAAUUGAGGUUGCCUAGCAACCACAGGACAUGACCUUUGAAAGCCUGCAGGAAGUGAUUAGAAGGCAGUGUCUUGCGGUUGCUAGACAACCACUAUUAUUAUUAUUAUUAUUAUUAUUAAAAAAUCUUUGAUCUCACUUUCUUCCCCCACCAGGUGGGCCUAAAGCAAUUCCCGCUAUUAAAAAAGCAAAACAUCAACAGCGGACCUUUGAGCAGGAAUUAAAAGCUUGUUUCUUAACUAGGUCCUACUCAGAGUAGGCCCAUUUGAAAAUAAGGAACCCAAGUUAGUCAUGCCUGUUAACUUUAAGAUGGGUCUACUCUGAGGAGGACUAGCUUUUGGUUAAUGGCCAUGAGUAACUUUAGGUCUGUUUGAGGAGAAUGUAGUUGGGUCUGGCCUAAUUUGCAUAUAAACAAGCGUAUAAAAAGAGUAUAUCAAACCACGGGUAUUAUUAUACGAUUCUCUAAGCCAUGGGGUGGGGAAUCUCAGGCCAUGGAGACUAAUGUGGCCCCCCAGGCUGUUCUUGUCUGGCCCUCGGAAAUCUCUCCAGAACCCUCCCCGGCCCUGCUUCAUAACUUCCUUGCUAUGUUUUUGCCUGACUGAAAUGUGUCACAUUGGGCCUCCUCCUCCCAGGGCCCAGUGUGAUGUAUACUUUUUUUUUUUUAAUGCUGUUCCCCACAGGAAGAAACCCACCCACAUGACCGUGAAUUGCUGGUUCUGCAACCAGGACACCGUGGUUCCGUACGGGAACCGGAACUGUUGGGAUUGCCCCAACUGCGAGCAGUACAAUGGCUUCCAAGAGGUAUGUUUCAAGAGUGGCACCUCGUAAAGCCUCUAUGACGAGAUGAAAUGGCGGUCAAGGGCCAAAGCAAGCUGGGUUGCCUCCAACUGAGGCCACAUUCACAUCAUGUGUUUAAAGCGCUAUGAUACCACUUUAAACCGUCAUGGCUCUCCCCCCCCCCCCCCAGUUUUUUAAAUAUAGCUUGUUAAAUGUGCUGAGAGCUGUUAGGAGGUCUCCUGUUCCCCUCAUGGAGCUACAAUUCCCAGCAUUCUGGGAAUUAUAACUGUGAGGAAAAUAGGGUCUCUUAAGCACCCUUAACAAACUACAGUUCCCAGGAUUUUUUUUGCCUAGGGGGGCCAUGACUGUUAAAGUGCAGUAAUAGCGCUUUAAAUAUAUGGUGUGAAUGUGGUCUAAGUUUUGCUCCAGAGUAGACCCAUGGAAAUUAAUGGCCCUAAGUUAGUCAUGGUCAUUGCUUCCAGUGAGUCUGCUCUUGAGUAGGGCUAGCCUUGGGUACAAACCCAGUGCCAACUCAUGUACAUAUGUCUGUUCGAUAUUGGUGUGUAUUAAUUUAUGAAUCCCCUUUUACAUCUAUCUAUCUAUCUAUCUAUCUAUCUUAAUUUCAUUACAUUUAUAUCCCACCUUUUUUCUCCCGAGAGGAGCUCAAGGUGGUGCACACACACUUUUCCCCGUCUCCGUUUCAUCCUCACAGCAUCCCUGUGAGGUAGGCAAGGCUGACGGGUAGCGACUGGCACUGAAGAUACGCAAUACAGUUUGAGCACCUUAAGGCAAGAGACCUUUUCGCCCAGCUGGAAAAGCUUAUCAAAGCAAAAAUGUAAUUGGGUUGUUUCUUUGGAGUACAGAUCUGUGGGUGCCUGCUGUAUCUCAGCAGGGCUGCUGUUCCACAGAACAGGGGCAACCACAACAAAGGCCCUGCUUCCGAGUUGUUAUGGUGUGGGCUUUUGAUUUUUUGGGUGUAUGUCUGUGUUGGUAGAAUUUACUGGCAGAGGUCGAGGGUGGGAGCUUAAAAGCAAAAGUUGGUGUAAUGAGUGAACCACCUUUGGGAUUGAAGGGAGGAGAUAGUUUUGUGGUGUGGAAUGUUAAGGUAAGUGGGGUAGAUUUGGAGUGAGCAUUGAAUGAGAAUCGGAUGGCACUGGGCUUAGUAGGUAAAUUAGCAGCUUCAGACCAGUUUACCUGUGAGUUCACCUGACCCCAUCCGUAUAUGCUCGCUCUUCAUUCUGCAGAAUGUUACAAGGCGCCACAUAAUAUUCAUUCUGCAUUUAUAAGGAAUCCAUACUUUAGCGUGGCAACACCCACACUUUGGAACUCCCUUCCUAUUGAAACCAGGGAGGCGCCGUCACUGCACUCUUUUAGGUGCCUGCUAAAAUUGUUUUUGUUUAGGCCAGCCUACCCAGACAUGAUUUUACCUUCCUAAAAUCUGGAUUUUAGGUUAUCGUUGAUUUAACUAUUAUUCUUUAUUGAAUUUAUAUACCUCCUUAUACCUGGGGGUCUCAGGGCGGUUUACAGAACAAAAUCAAGAUCUAAAACCACAAAAUAAAUAAUAAAAAUAAAACAACAACCCAAUAGCCCCUCCCCACAAAAAAACCCAACACAUUUUUAAAGGGCGUAGGGUGUAAAUCAGAUCAACGAAAGGCCUGGUUAAAAAGGAAUGUUUUUGCCUGGUGCCUAAAGGUGUAUAAUGAAGGCGCCAGGCGAACUUCCCUGUGGAGAGCAUUCCACAGAUGGGGAGCCACUGCAAAGAAGGCCCAUUCUCGUGUUGCCACACUCUGGACCUCUUGAGAAGGAGGCACAAGAUAAUUAUUUUUGAAGAUUUUAAAUAGUUGCUUUUGAUGGAUCAUUUCAUUGUGUUAGUCAUUUUGUAAACCACUUUGAAUCUUUCUGGGGGGGUUUUUUACAAUCGAAAGGUAUAAUACAUAUUUUAUGAAAUAAAAAUCCAUCUGUACUUCACACUUUACUGUGAAUUAGUUCCUCAAAUAAACUCUGAUACAAUUUUUAGCCAUCUUCCGUACAAGAGAAGCGGACUGUUGCCCUCUCACUCAGUUCUGCCUUAAUUGGAUCUCGCCAGUUUUCCCGUAGCUCCUCCGGUUGGUGAGACAACCGUAGCUCCUCCGGUUGGUGAAAGCCCCUUUUACUCUUAUGAAUUGACUUUGAAAGAUCCCUUCUGGAUCUUCAUAUCAGAAGGCCCAUCUAGUCCAGCAUCCUCAAAGUGGCCAGGCAGGUGCCUAUGGAAAGCCCACAAGCAGGGCAUUAGUUCAGUGGUGCACUCCCCACUUGAGAACCACAGCAACUGGUUUUCAGAAGUUUACCGCCUCUGGCCCUGGAGGGUAGUACACAGCUGUCAUGGCAAGUAACCACCAAUAACCCUAGCAGUGAGAGUUGCUAGGACUUUAAUUAAGGUUUGUUUUGUGGCAUACCACUUGUGGGUUUUCCAAACCACGCGCCUGCGUUUGGCCGUAAUGCUAAGCCCAACUGUUUCUUGGCUCACACCAGCAAGAGGAGCAAAGAAGAAGGGCAGAUUAUAAACUUAAAACAAUAAUUUGAAAUGAUGAUAAAUAACUUCCCAAGGUUGCUUUCGUUGGCUCUUAAAAAUUAAGAGUAUCUCAGGGUGCAAAUAAAUCUAUGGAUUUGGCAGCCAUUUGUUACUUAUGUGGCUGGCCAAUCAUGGAAAUGAUAAGUCCCAAUGAAAUACAGCUUUGUUUUGUAUUCCUAAUAUUUUGUUGUUGUUGUUUUUUCACACACACCCCAGCAAAUUAUUUUUAUUGAUUUUCUCAUUUUUAACCCAAUUAUACAGAUUUCUGGGUCUUCUUAAGAGCUUGGUGCCCUAACGGUAGGACCAGGGGGAAACUCUGGCCUUCCAGAUGUUGUUGGGGCUGGAGUUCCAUUUGAUAACAGCGAGAAACAGUAUCUUCGUCUCAGUAUUGUGGAAUGCUCUGCCAGUAGAGAUUCAGCAGGGGCCUUCUGUCACAACUUUUAAAUGCCUCCCGAAAACAUAUAUUCUAUUAGGCUUAUGCAGGCAGUUAAGAAUGCUUCUUUUCAUUGUAGGUGGCUGAUUUCUUAUUUUAACUCUUUAAUAUGUUUUUUAUUGUAUGGUGGCCCACAAAAGGGCCUUCUCUGUGGCAGCCCCUAAACUGUGGAGCUCCCUCCCCACAGAGGUGCAUCUGUCACCUUCAUUAUACAGCUUUUGACAUUUGAGGUGUAAAUUUUUAGGGCCCACCUUAUUUCUGUUACCUGUGCUGGAACCACAGGCUGCAGAUAAUAAAAAUUAAAACGGUGUGCAAUUGUUGUGAACUCCAAUUUAAAAAAAAACAAAUAGCAGUGUAUAGAUAUUUUUAUGAAAAAUUAAAAUUAAAAUGUUGUAGAGCAGCAGGAAGGAGACUGGAGUAACCAUUGCCUCCCCCUUUUGACUCCUCUUGGCAGAAUGGAGAUUACAACAAGCCGAUCCCAGCUCAGUACAUGGAGCAUCUGA